AUGGGGCGUGUCAAACAACCUGCUGUGCGCCAUGACUUGGCCGUGGCGAAUCAUUCGCAUGAGACCAGUGUCAGCCACGAGAACAACCCUGUUGACACUGACAUGAUCGAUCGACUCGACGAUGAAGAGCCCAAUCAGGAAGACCAAGACAUGGAUGCUCUCUCUGACGCUGACAACUUUGAAGAUGACGACGAAGAAGACGAAGGAGACGAAGGAGACGAAGGAGACGAAGGAGACGAUGAAGAUGAUGAGGACGACGAAGACGAUGAAGACUUCGAUGACGACGAAGGUGACGAGGACUUUGACGCCGACGAAGGCGACGAGGACCUUGACGCCGACGCCGAUGCCGACGGUGAAAGCGAUGAUGAGGUUGGUCCUGCAAAGAGGCGUCGGAACACGAUUCAAGCUACUCCAAAGGCCAAGCCUGGCCCAAAGAUGGGUCGAUUCACCGCACGCAAGACACCUUACAUCUCUCAGCAGGCUCCUAAGGGGACUGAGCAAGCUCCUGAGAGAUCUGAGCAAGCUCCUGAGAGCUCUGAGCAAGUUCUUCGUGCACUGAGGAAGGCUCAUCGAGACAUGGAGCGCAGAUUGUCCAAUGGGCAACCUGAUGCCACAGGCGACCGUGCACUUCGUUGUCUGCCUUACUGUACGAUAAACCGCUCUGCCAAACGUGAACUGAUCAGGUGGACCGAUGAGAUGUACGCUCAUACUCUGCUUGCCAUGAUCUUUGCACUCGAAGCCGACGGUGUCGAUCUUCCUUGGGAAGAGGUAGCCGCAAUUGUCCAGCCGGGCGCCACUGGCGAGGCAUUCAAGCAGGCUGUGUCCAAGCUCCGUGUGAAGAGGGUCAAGGAGGGCUUGCCUGUGCCCCCGCCGCGUCCCGGCAAAGGGAAGUCUCGCAAUGAAUGUCUCCUUGAGCUGCAGGGUCUCUUGUCCGAGGCUGCCCAAGUCCGCAAUGCCAAGAACCUAGGCGGGUCUUCUGCUCCAAUUCAGAAGGAAGCCGCAGAGGCUGAGGCCGACGAUGAUGACGAUGAGAGGACGGUGACAGAUUUGAAUUUCUUCGAGCAUGAUCGCAUGUCCAUCAGGCCGAUCGACUCGCCUGAGCAGUUCGAAGGGUCAGCUAUGGAGAUUUGCGAUGCAUCCGAAGGGGGUCAUCACACCUCGGAGAGGAGAAUCGCCGAAUGGGUUGACGGUGUUUCCGCUGACUCACUCUCUGCCGUAACCCUCCAGUCCGUCACCGGCAUGAACACGGAUGUUCAAUCGCGCCCUUCAACCGACGUCAGCCGUCUACAGACUGACACCGAUGGCCGCCAUACUGACCUGGAUGUGUCGGCUGCCCGCCCGGGGCCCAACCAGGACCCUGACACACCAAUGGAGACGUCACUAUUCUACCCUAAUCCUCAAACACCUCCUAGACGAUUGCGGACUCCGGAAGAGUGCCCCCCGGCCCCGCGUAGCCGAAGCAGCAGCGAACUCCAAAAACAUAGCCUGAGCCAUCUCAGGAAGAGAUCGAGUGAUGAGAUCGGCCUUCCGCCGUCUACGCCGACUCCGAAACGCCGCCAGUCCGAGUUCAUGCGCCGGUCGGGUUCGCGCAGGCCGUCGCUCAGCCAGAUCCCAGAGUCUGGUCCCGUCGAAUCGACUGCGACGCAGCCGGUUGCUAACGUUCCCGGCCAAGGUUCCACCCUAUCUCAGGGCCAGCCUCCCGUUGGAAUGCCGGGAGGAGCAGGUGGACUCACGUGCACGAUGCCAGGUUCAUAUCAGAACAGCUAUGGCGGUAUGCCGAUGGGCAACGUGCCGAUUCCGCCGAUCAUGCAUCACUUUUACAUGCAGCAGAUGAUGACCGCUUACGCACAGAUGAGCAACAUGCAGCAGAAUGCUUUCAACAACAACCUUUUGCAGAUGGGAGGUCAGCAGAUGACAAACCAGCACAUGACGGACCAGCAGAUGCCAUCCCCGUGGCAGAACGAUGCCCAAGUUGGCACCCAGCCGACAGAGGCCGAGCGCCAGAGGUCUGCAUCGCAGUCUCAAGAGCCUGAGAUGGACACCGGCAUCUCCCCGCAGGUCUUAACCGGUCACAGCUUUCCUUCCACGGUUCCCGCCCGCGCCAGCUCUGAGCACAACUCUCGCCAUGUUAGCCCGUCUUCUGGCGUCAAUGAAUCCGUUUGGAACUUCACUACCGGUGGUGACUUCAUCAGCCCCACUGAAGCUGUUUUCCCUAGACUCUACACGGGUAGUAGUCGCAUGCCGUUCCAGAACUUGGGACGCCUGAGCGAAGAGCCGGAGGAUGAGCAGAACCUGCAGCUUGGUUCGCAGGACACGAACACCGAUUCCUUUAGCCGCUCUACACAGGAAUCCUUUGGUAGCACCGUCCAAGGCUCUCGCGUCACGCCUGCCCGGCCGCGUCCGGCCGACCCCGAUAGUGACAAGGAGAAUAUCCAGGACUACCAGGACUGA